GAGAGCAGAGUACGAACUGCUGCUGCCAGAGUCAUGGCAGGACAGGCAUUUAGAAAGUUUCUCCCCCUCUUUGACCGAGUAUUAGUUGAAAGGAGUGUUGCAGAAACUGUAACCAAGGAAGGCAUUAUGCUUCCAGAAAAAUCUCAAGGAAAAGUAUUGCAAGCAACAGUAGUAGCUGUUGGGUCCGGCUCUAAAGGAAAGGGCAGAGAGACUCAACCAGUUAGCGUGAAAGUUGGAGAUAAAGUUCUUCUUCCAGAAUAUGGAGGCACCAAAGUCGUUAUUGAUGACAAGGAUUAUUUCUUAUUUAGAGAUGGUGACAGUCUUGGAAAAUAUGUGGACUGA